UUUUUUUUUUUCUUCUUUUUUAUUUUCAUCAUGACAAACUAUAUGUUAAAGUUUAGUUUGCCACCUUGGUUAUCUUACAUUUUAUCGAUUACUGGGAUUGCUAGUGUAGCUGGUGCCUUCCUUUUAUAUUUAUAUCAAUGUGAACUAAUUUAUCCCAGCAGUUUCCCUGAUGGAUCUAGAACAGAGGUUGCUAAACCUUCAGAUUUUGGAAUGUCAUAUACCGAAGAAACUUUAAUUACUAAGGACAAAGUCAAGUUACGAUGUUAUGUUAUUACUCUUGAAGAUGUUGACGAAGCCAAAAGAGCACCUACUAUUCUUUAUUUCCAUGCGAACGCUGGAAACAUGGGUCAUCGUUUGCCAGUUGCUAAGAUCUUUAAUCAAAAAUUCAGGACCAAUGUAGUGAUGCUAUCAUAUAGAGGAUAUGGAUUCAGUGAAGGAAAAGCCAAUGAAAAAGGUCUUCAAGUAGACUCCCAGACUCUUUUGGACUUUGUGAAGGAACAUCCUAUUCUCAAAAAUACAAAAUUUGUUGCUUACGGUCAAUCUAUCGGUGGAGCUGUGGCUAUUGAUCUUGUCUCUAGAAAUGAAGAUGCAUUUUCUGGCUUGAUGGUCGAAAACACCUUUUUAAGUAUACCAAAAUUGAUUCCUAGUGUGUUCCCUAUGCUUCGAUAUUUUACUGUGCUUUGUCAUCAACAAUGGCCAUCGGAAAUCAAUAUUCAACGUAUUGUCAAGUCGCCUGUAUUAUUCUUAUCAGGAGCAAAAGAUGAAUUAGUACCUCCUUCUCAUAUGACCAAGUUAUUUGAACUUUGUGGAACUCGUGAAAACAAGGAUUGGGUAGAAUUUGAAAAUGGUACUCAUAAUGACACUUGUAUGCAAAGUGGCUAUUUUGCUGCUAUUCGUGAAUUUUUGGAAACAAGGAUCCUCAAGAAUGAAAAACCAAUGGAAGAUAAACAAGAAUUGGAUGAAGAAAUAGUAGAACAAGAAUUGGAAUCAACAGCAGAAAGUAACAAAAAUGCUAUUCAACAAAGUGAAGGUUAUCAACUUGUUAGUGGUAUGGCAAACGAUAUUGGAUUGGCUCAAAGCUUUAGUAUUGAAGAAGUAGAAUUAGAUGAAUAAUAUCUUUUUUUUUUGAUGACAAACUUCACCUCUUUUUCUUUUUAUUGUUGUAAUGUGAAUCAUGAUCUUUUCAAUAAAAAAAUUAUUUUUUGUUUGUUUUGAAACAUCACAAUUU